GGUUCCGAUUCCGCAAUGGGCUGCAAGUGGUGUGCUGCGUCUCUGUGUGGUUGUUUGACCAUUACUCAAUUACUCAACUUCAUCGUCACAGUGGUCGUCGCGUUUUCGCCGCUUGACUAAUACCACAUUUCUAGUACUCUUCGUCUUGCCUCACUCACUUCCCUGUUGACUGAAUCCUGUGACUGGCUCACCCUCUCUCUUCAACAUGGCAACACUCAGAGGAGUCGACUCAGAAGCCAGCUUCGAUCAGACCAUCAAAGAUGCCGCGCCCUCAACCCUGUUCGUCCUGUACUUCCACACCCCUUGGGCCGCUCCUUGCGCUCAGAUGAACACCAUCCUCAGCACACUUGCGUCGACGUACCCUGCCGACUCGGACAUCAGUUUUCUAUCGAUCAACGCGGAAGAGCUGGCCGAUGUGUCGGAAAGUUACGAUGUGACGGCCGUGCCGUUCCUCGUGCUCCAGAAGGGAGGCAAGACGUUGGAGACUGUGAGUGGGAGUGAUGCGACUAAGGUGCGCGCUGCGGUUGAGAAGUACGCUGGGACCGGCAACAAGAGUGGUGGUGUGCCGCCGCCACUGCAGGCCACGCCACAACAACAGAAUGGUCAUGUUACCAGCAAUGAAGAUGCGCCGACGACUACCAAGGAUUUGAGUUCAUAUGCGCCGAAGAACUCGGAUCCUCAGACUGCGCCGGACUUUUCGGGUAAUGCUGGGUCUAGGGAGGAGUUGGAUGAACGUUUGGGAAAGUUGGUUAAAGCUGCACCGGUUAUGCUGUUUAUGAAGGGAACGCCGAGUGCGCCUCAGUGCGGAUUUAGUAGACAGUUGGUCAGCAUUUUGAGAGAAAAUCAGGUUAAAUAUGGGUAUGUUUACUAUGCGCAUGCAGAGGUUGUGCUUGAAGGUAUGGACAUUCGCUGAUGAGGGUCUAGAUUCUUCAAUAUCCUGGCGGACAGUGAUGUGCGAGAGGGGCUCAAGACGUUCUCUGACUGGCCUACGUUCCCGCAGUUAUAUACUAAUGGAGAGCUUGUGGGUGGGUUGGAUAUUGUAAGUCACUUCUAUAGGGACGCUCAGGCGCUCGUGUGAUCAGUUACUGACAUGCUCAUGCAGGUUCGUGAAGAAAUGGAGGCAGA